AUGGUCAACAACCAUACCACCAACAAUAAUGCCGCCAAAUCUCGAGAUUCGAAUGGCAACACGUCAAGACGUGGGAGCAAGCCCAAGAAGCAGCCAGCCGGCAACGCAUCAAACGCAACUGGCUCUACCCACCAAGGGCGCGCUCAAAACGACCAUUCUGCAUUUCCGUCUCAAGCCAGACCUGGAGUCAACGCAAGUCGAUGGAACACUGGCAACAAGCAGAAAGGCAAGCAGAAUAACUGGACAGCCCCUCGAAACAAUCAGCAAAAGCCACAACAGAGCUCGCCGCCUGUUCAAACCAUGCAAGCUACGCCACAGCAAACUUCGACAGCAUUAAAUCCCGCCUCUAUCCCUUUUGAACCCCCGAAAUCUGGUACCGUUGUGGAGCUUACCGAUGUGGAGCUUACCGAUGCGGAGCUUGAAAUCAUCACAAGAUUGGAGUCUGACAACAAAGAGCUCCGGGAACAGCUAUCCAGGAUGGAGGCAGAACUCAUGGCUAGCCAAAACGACGCAAUAGCAUCCAAGCUUCAGGAGGUUUCUCUACUGGAGCAAUUGGAAACCUCUAAGAUAGAGACUUCAGUCACUUCAGAACCUUCCGCUUCAACAACUUCAGCCGACAGUGCGACCAACGCCCGUGUAACCGCCCUCGAGUCUGACAACAAGACUCUACGGGACCAAGCCAUCCAAGUUCAGGCUGAACUUUCGACCGCUCGAUCGACAGAGCAGGAAGCCAUCAAACAGAAGCUCGAGGUCGAAACACAAGUUCAAACCCUACAGACUGAGCUUGAUGACUUGAAGAAAUCCACCGCCCAGCAACCAUCUCAAAGCUCGAAGGACGAAUCACUCUCGAGGCUCGAGACAGAAGUCCAAGCCCUCAACACUCAAGUCGCUCAACACCAGGUCGAUCUGGAUGCCGCUCGAGCUGCAGAGCAAGCUGCUAUCAGUCGCGAGACUGCAGCUGUAACAGAAUCUGAAGACUUGCGCUCUCAGCUUGCUGACAUUCGAUACAGGAAUCCUGAAGACGUUGCCGCUUUGGAGCAACAGGUUCAGGACGCUCAGGCGAACCAAAAGGCGGCACAGGAUGAAGUAGCCAGGCUUCGUGCCACGGCCGAUGUGCUUCGUGUCGACUUGGACAAUAAUACCACCGCCACUACUGCUGAAGCAUCUACCACGAACUCCAAGGUCAAUAUGGAGAUACUCAGACUCCGCACCGAGGUCGAUGAGCUCAAAGCCAAGCUGAACAACACCGCAAAUUCCUCCACGAAAGAGGGCGAACCUAACUCCGACCCAUCUCGAACCCUCUUAGAAGGCCAGUUGAUAUUUGCCAAAGCGUUGCUCAAGAGCUCUGAAAACGAAAAGGCCAAUUCAAUCGCAGAGACAAUCCGUCUCAGAAAGGAAUUGGCGACAUACAAGCAAUUCGAGGUUGAUGUUUCUGAUACCGUACUCAAGGGCAGAAAAGACUUCGAAACCUUGGAAGCGCAGCUCCGCAAGACAAAGAAGCAACUGCGGAAGUACACCGGCGAGGUCAAGAAGCCCAAGGAAACCACAGCUGGCGCUGUCGAAGAGACCAGUCAGCCCAAGACGAAGGCGUCCCACCUUCUCAUCCAGAGAACUCAAUUGGCCACGUUGAAAGAGAAAGAUAAGCAGAUUGAGGACAUCAGGCUUGCAGCGGGGUGGGCACACACCAAGCUCACCAAGACCAUCGUGGCGCAAAACGACGAAAUUAGGAAGCUGAAGAAAAAUAUGAAGCUUCCCAGCCACGCUUCAAAGGUGCUGGUCACUCCAUCCACUGCCGCGUUGCCCAAGCCAGAGCAAUGGGCACAACCUCUAGAGAUGGUCACUGGCCCGACUCAAUCCACUUCCUCGAUCCCUGAGCCAGACCAAAACGCCCAUGAUGGCGGAACGCCUAUUGUCUACGCUCGACCUGCCCCCCACUUGCUCCACAUCCCCAGGAAAGAUGUACAAACCACGAUCGAUACCGAGAUAGCUCACAGCAGACAGCAAUUCGAAGACAUUCGUCUCAAACGAGCAAACGCUUUCUCCUCAUGGCAACUCGAACAAGCAGGCCAACCACACAGGGAAAAAGCCUGGGAAGCUUUGGAGAAAGAGACGUUCAAGGAACAACAAGACUUGCGAGAAGAGCUUCAGGUCAGGAAAGAAGCACUGAUCAGAAAAGCCAGAUUGGCAGAAGACCAAUUGCAGACCAGUCUCAAGCUCAAGAAGCAACAAGAAGCGGCACGAGCUGCGAGUGAGGAGCAGGUCAAGCCAACUACUGAGGAGAAGGGUGCAUCUCCACCUGAAGCUCACAAGGGAACACUUCUCAAGGAAACAGAAGAGUCACGAAAUUCAAGUGCGGAGCAGGUCAAACGAACUGCUGGGGAAUUACAUGCAUCUCCAAGCGAAGCUCUCAAGGAAUCACUGGCGGAAGCAAGGCGAGGAAAACAGAAGAUGCAACCUACAGUGGAGGAGACUUGGGGUGAGGCACGAACCAUCAGAGGUGCACCACCACCUGAAGCUCACAAGGAAACACUUCUCGGGCAGCAAGAAGCAGUGGCACCGACUGGCAGCAAAGAACAGGUCAAGCCGCGUACAUCUGCAAGCGAAAUUAUGAGGAAACUAAUGGCGGAAGCAUGGCAAAGACACCAGAAGAUGCAGCAGCCUAUGGUUGAGGGGAUUCCUGAUGAAGAACUUUGA